AUGGAUACACGCAAUACAGUCCAUCAGACCGUAGCUAGAGAACUCUUCCGAGCGUUCCCUGAUGCAGCGUCGCUCAUGUUUGUCCCACUUCAGGAUGAUGGUAUGUCUGACUGGCUCGCUGCGACGAUCGUCUGGGAUUGUGACCGUCCACUGGGUGAUGACGACCUCGGUUACCUGAAAGUACUCGGGGAUAUAAUCACCUGCUGGGUCGCUCGGAUUGAGGGAAGCUCCCUCAAGAAAUGCAAAUCGGAUUUCUUAUCAUCAAUAAGCCAUGAGAUGCGGUCGCCGCUUCACGGAAUGCUGGGCAACUGUGAGUUGUUACAGUCUACUGAUCUCAGCCCCACUCAGAGGGAUAUGGUUACAAUGGUCGAGACCUGCGCAAAGACGCUGCUCGAUACAAUACACUGCCUGCUCGACUUUAACAAGAUUAGCACUCUCUCGCAGACGCAAAAGCGGUGCAGUAAUAUGGCCGCGGAUCUCUGGGAUGUGGCGACGGAAUUCGAUCUCAGUUCCCUUGUGGAAGAUGUGACAAACGUCGUGCUUGCCGGGCACCGACACCUCAACGAGGCAUUUAAGAACUCUGGAUGCACCUGGCCGGUACAGGAUGGCGUGGGUUCAGUGGAAGUGGGCCCGGGGAGGAAGCCGGAUGAUUUUGCUGUCGUGAUUCGGGCUGAGAACCAGAUUGAUUGGAGGAUACACUCUAUCUCUGGCGCUUGGAGUCGGAUCAUCAAGAACAUCGUCGGCAACGCGUUGAAAUUUACUAACUCUGGGGUGAUUGAGAUAGCUCUCGACCGGAAACAACAGAAACGCCACGGGCGGACGACCGACUUUGCACACCUGACAAUAACGGACUCUGGCUGCGGAAUUGCUCAAGAUUAUCUUGAGAACCAACUCUUCACUCCCUUUUCCCAAGGGUCUGUCCUCACUGAAGGGGUUGGACUCGGUAUGAGUAUCACAAACCGGCUUGUGAAACAUCUCGGGGGCUACACCAAGGUGGAGAGCCACCUGGGAGUUGGGACACGGGUUGACGUCCACAUUCCGGUCGACUUCGUGCAGGAGAAGUCUGUAACCACGCGGCCUCCGGAUACGAGAAUCCGUCCGGAGAAACCACUACGCGUAGUCAUGGUUGGGAUGAACCCUGAUUUGAAGGGGGGCGAGAUGGGCCAAGGCCUAAGCACUGACGCAAAACGCAGACUCGCCCUCGCAACCUCUAUUAGCAGCCACCUUUCUCGCCAUGCGGACCACCAACUCUCCUUUGCUGAGCCCUCAAACUGUGGUGGUGGUGAUGGUGGUGACAUCGCAGUAAUAGAGGAACCGACAUGGAAAGCAACACCAGGAAUUGACUUGCGGAAGUCCCGAUUCCGUUCGGUCAUUGUCAUUGGGGGAUUUGAACUCGCUUCUCCGCGGCACCUCGUUGUCGACGGUGUCGACGUAUUCCACAUUCCACAACCCCUCGGCCCCAAGAGAUUUCUCCACACCUUGCGAGAAAUCACGGAUUUACAGAGCUCUACGACUGCUGGAGAUAAUCGUCUGGCCGCGCACCCUAUAGCCGUUCUGCCGGCGCGGCCACGGUCGACAGUCGAGGACUCUGAUAAAGCUGAGAGCUCCGACUCUCCACCAGCGGUCAAGGCACGCGCACCGAACGAUGCGCGGUUCGUUCCCCGAGCCCCGGCAGAGGCGGCUAUAUGCGUACUGGCUGUGGAUGAUAAUGAGAUCAACCUCAAGGUUCUUUCUAUGUUUCUGAAAAAGAUCGGAUGUACCUUCGAGACUGCAUCUGAUGGCCUUGUUGCAUUAGAUAAAUACAAGCAGGCAACCAGAAAGUUCGACUACGUACUGAUGGACUUGUGCAUGCCGAGGAUGGACGGAAUCGCGGCAGCGAGCGAAAUCCGACGGUACGAGGAGGAGCAUGGCCUCCCCCGCACCGCCAUUUUGGCGUUGACCGGCGUAGCCUCCUCCGAAUUGCAGGAUCAGGCUUUCGCGGCAGGUAUGGACGACUACCUGCUCAAACCCCUUACCCUUAACGACUUGAAGCGGAUUAUGAAGGCAUGA